GAUCAAACAUGUUUUAGUGUUACAGUAAGUUACAGCAAGUAUUCGACGCCAUUGAAAUAUUACCACAAUAUGAAUAGUCAUUUUAGUGUGAUUCUAUUGUGCUUUUCCGGCGUUUAUUGCAUAUCGUCUACGGUCGACAACUUAGACUUGGAUGGACUAAAACAAAUUUUGAAAGGCGAAACCAUCGUUAAAGAAUGGGACACUGCAUUGGACCAAACUGUAAUUCCAAAAGGCUCAAAAACGCCCGUUAACGUUAAGAACGCUGUGCAAGAGUUUGCCAAGAAAGAUGAUGACAGUGCUGUGAGAGAAUUCGAAUCGAUCCGCAACAUAAUCCAAACAGCUCAUCAAUGCAUGUUAGCCAAGUACGCAAGCCUAACCGCUUUCUUGAUAGUCGAGGACUUGGAAAACUACAAAAUCGACAUCACCGAUGCCUUGGCGAAGCUUUCGGUUUCAAAGUUUGAUCGUCAGACAUCGUUUAAAGAUGUUCAAUCGGUCUUACAUCAAUUAGACGUUGACGUUAAAUUUGGGAAAAACGCAUAUCAAUUUCUGCCCCACCACGAUUUCCAAAAGGAACCAUACAAGCAAAUCCACAAUGUAUGGGCAGACAUGCUUGAGAAGAAGCUCGGUUUAAAAAUCAAGUACAAAAUCUACCCCGAUGUGAUGGCAAAUAACUUUACAAGCACAUACGACGAUCCGACCAUCGCAAAUAUCAACGAACUCAGCUGUGUUCUCAAUGAGGCCAUUCAAAUGGUCGACAAUGUCGUCGUGGAAAAUUGUGGAAAUCACGAAGGCAAUUUCGUAGAGAAUUUCCAAUCCCUAAAAACGAGUACCCACGAAGAUUUCAUUUGGCUUUUGACAUAUUGCGACGCUAUGAAAGCCGGAGAUCCUAAUUUGGCAUUGUACACGGAUUUUUCAAAGCCCAGUCCGGAAGCAACGCAAGAAAGUGACGAAAUAUUGGCUUCGGGUUGCUUCAUAGAGAAAAUGGAAUUCGAGAUUUCUGGUUUGAGGACAGAUUUUCAAAACACCAACGAUCCAGCGAAAAUGUAUGGCCAAGACAUCGUUGAACGAUCCGAAACCCUUCAAAUGACACUUAUAGAAUCAACCAGGGAUGCUCGUCCAAUCGAAGAUAACUCAAAAGACAAGGUAAAAGUAGGUAUGGUACUAUUUCGCGAUGAAGAAAAUUCGUUCGAAGAUCUUCCAUCUCAACGCCAACUUGAAAGCAUCGGUGAAGCAGACGAUAAGCAUACUCCCGAAGACCAACACGAUGAAAGUGGGAUCUAAUAUCCAAAACAUACAUUGACAAUAAUAAAAUAUGUAAUCUAAUGUUAAAAUCGUUUAGAGAAAUUAAUAAAUGAAUAAAG